UUCAGUAAACACUUGGUGAGGCAUACACAAUGAAGCAGGGAGUUUCAUUCUGUCUCCCUUAAGAGGAACCUGGGGCAGAAGCAGCCUCAAAGGCGUGAGCAGAGGCAGGCGCUGCUCCUGGGAUCACAGCAUGCUACGGUGGAGUCUUCUGCUCCUCUCUUUCCUCCUUUCUCCAGCUCCAGCAAACACAGUAAAAGAACUCCCUAAGGCCAAGAAAUAUGAAGUGGUUUAUCCCAUAAGACUUCAUCCAUUGCAUAAAAGAGAAACCAAAGAGCCAGAGCAAAAGGAGGCAUUUGAAACUGAGCUAAAGUACAAAAUGACAGUUAAUGGAAAGGUUGCAGUGCUGUAUUUGAAAAAGAGCAACAAGCUCCUUGCACCAGGCUACUCGGAAACAUACUAUAAUUCCAGUGGAAAAGAGGUCACCACAAGCCCACAGAUGAUGGAUAGCUGUUACUAUCAAGGACACAUCGUAAACGAGAAGGCCUCUGAAGCCAGCAUCAGCACGUGCCAAGGUCUCCGAGGCUACUUCAGUCAAGGUGAUGAAACGUAUUUUAUUGAACCUUUGAGCUCUGAGAGCCUGGAUGAGCAGGCACAUGCACUCUUCAAGGAUGACCCCAAUGAAGUCCAAGAGAAUGGCAGCUGUGGAGUGGACAGUGUUCCAUGGCUACGCGGGUUGCACCAGGAUGUGGUCCUGUCUGGCACCAGACUCUUUAAGAUGAAUGAUGAGUUGGCUCAAGAACCUAAGAAAUACAUAGAAUAUUAUUUGGUCCUGGACAAUGGUGAGUUUGAGAAGUAUAAUAAAAAUCUUGCUGAAAUAAGAAAGAGAGUGCUUGAGAUGGCCAAUUUCGUCAACAUGCUUUAUAAGAAGCUUGACACCCAUGUGGUCUUAGUUGGAUUAGAAAUCUGGACUGACAAGGAUAAGAUAAAGAUAGCAAAAGAUGCCAACGUCACCCUGAAUAACUUCUCUAAAUGGAGGAGAAAUGACCUGCUAAAACGAAAGCACCACGACAUUGCCCAGUUAAUCUCGUCUAUAGAUUUUUCUGGAUCAACCGUGGGCCUAGCUUUCAUGUCUUCCAUGUGUUCCCCUUAUCAUUCUGUUGGCGUCAUCCAGGACCACAGUAGCCACCAUCUUCGAGUCGCAGGGACGAUGGCCCAUGAAAUGGGCCAUAACCUUGGCAUGAUCCACGACUACUUGAGUUGCAGGUGUCCGUCUGAAGUCUGUGUAAUGGAGCAGUCACUAAGGUUCCAUAUACCCACAGACUUCAGCUCCUGCAGCCAUGUAAACUACAGGCAUUUUCUUGAAGACAAAUUAUCCCAGUGCCUCUUGAAUACCCCAUUGCCUUCUGACAUCUUGUCUACCCCAGUCUGUGGGAACCAGGUAGUAGAAAUGAAUGAGGACUGUGACUGCGGCACCCCCGAGGAAUGUACCAACCAAUGCUGUGAUGCAAAGACCUGUAAAGUUAAAGCAGGUUUCCAGUGUGCUCUGGGAGAAUGCUGUGAGAAAUGCCGACUUAAAAAGCCUGGGGUUGUGUGCAGAAUGGCAGAGGAUGAUUGUGAUCUGCCUGAAAUGUGUGAUGGUAAAUCCAACCACUGCCCAGCGGACAGAUUCAGAGUAAACGGCUUCCCUUGCCAAAAUGGGAGGGGCUACUGCCUGCAGGGCACCUGUCCCACCCUGCAUCAGCAGUGCAAAGACAUGUGGGGCCCAGAAACCAAGGUGGCAAAUAAGUCAUGCUACAAGCAGAAUGAAAGUGGGUCAAAGUACGGAUACUGUUACAUAGAGAACGGCACACACAUACCCUGCAAAGCAAAAGACGUCAUGUGUGGGAAGCUGUUUUGUGAAGGUGGGGCAAACGAUCUGGCCUGGAGAGGGCUUACAAUAUCUUUCCUGACAUGUAAAUUAUUUGACCCUGAAGACACCAAUCUAGGCAUAGACAUGGUGACUAAUGGAACCAAGUGUGGAAAUAACAAGGUGUGCAUUGAUUCCAAGUGUGUGGACAUGGAGACGACAUACAAGUCAGCCAACUGCUCCUCGAAGUGCAAGGGGCAUGCAGUGUGUGAUCAUGAGCUGCAGUGUCAGUGCAAGGAAGGAUGGGCCCCCCCUGACUGCACGGAUCCUACCACAGUCUUCACAUCUGACUUCCCCAUUGUGGUUGGUGUGCUCUUUCCCCUGGCAGUCAUAUUUGUGGUGGUUGCUAUGGUGCUCCGGCACCAAAGUGCCAGAAGGAAGCAAAGGAGAGUUCAGAGGUAAGCCUUUGUGCUUUGCGAGCCCUUUAACCCUUCGUUUGACAUUGAAGCCUAUGACUUAAUUCUUCAGGUUUAAUUUUGUUUUUACUUCAAACACUGAGGAAACCAUACAGGUCUGUUUUUCACAG